GAGCAGACGCAGCCGGGCCGCCGCCGUUGGAGGGGUCCCCAGCUGCCACUCGCUCCCUCGGCCGUCGCCUUCGAGGUCAGCCCUCCCGCGGGGGUCUUCGCUCUCUCCUCCCGCCGCCGCCGGCUCUCGCUCACUGCCGCGAUGGGGCUCCUGGACUCGGAGCCGGGCAGUGUCCUGAACGUGGUGUCCACGGCGCUCAACGACACGGUGGAGUUCUACCGCUGGACCUGGAGCAUCACAGAUAAACGUGUGGAAAAUUGGCCUCUGAUGCAGUCCCCCUUGCCUACACUUUGUAUAAGUACUCUUUAUCUCCUAUUCGUGUGGCUGGGUCCAAAAUGGAUGAAGGACCGAGAACCUUUUCAGAUGCGCUUAGUGCUCAUUCUCUAUAACUUUGGGAUGGUUUUGCUUAACUUUUUUAUCUUCAGAGAGUUAUUCAUGGGAUCAUAUAAUGCAGGAUAUAGCUAUGUUUGCCAGAGUGUGGAUUAUUCUGAAAAUGUACAUGAGGUCAGGAUAGCUUCUGCUCUGUGGUGGUACUUUGUAUCUAAAGGAAUUGAGUAUUUGGACACGGUGUUUUUUAUCCUGAGGAAGAAAAACAACCAAGUCUCUUUCCUUCAUGUGUAUCAUCACUGUACAAUGUUUACAUUAUGGUGGAUUGGAAUUAAGUGGGUCGCAGGGGGACAAGCAUUUUUUGGAGCCCAGCUGAAUUCUUUCAUCCAUGUGAUUAUGUACUCAUACUACGGCUUAACUGCAUUUGGACCAUGGAUUCAGAAAUAUCUUUGGUGGAAACGAUACCUGACCAUGUUGCAGCUGGUUCAGUUCUUUGUGACCAUUGGGCACACAGCACUGUCUCUUUACACUGAUUGCCCCUUCCCAAAAUGGAUGCACUGGGCUCUAAUUGCCUACGCAAUCAGCUUCAUAUUUCUCUUUCUUAACUUCUAUAUUCGGACAUACAACGAGCCUAAGAAAUCAAAAACUGGAAAAACAGCUGUGAAUGGUAUUUCAGCCAAUGGUGUGAACAAAUCAGAAAAACUAGUGAUGGAAAAUGGAAAAAAGCAGAAAAAUGGAAAAGCAAAAGGAGAGUAAAUUGAACUGGGCCUUAACUGUUGUUGACAGUGAGGAAGCUCCCAAUUUUCUAAAAUUUCAGGGAAAACAGAAGCAAAUGAGGGUUUGGGGGUGGGGAGAACAAGCAAAUGUGCUCCUAUGUAUUAGUAACCUUUAGAUUGAGUAAAGUGUUAAAUAUAGUACCCAGAUGUUUUAUUUAUGAAGUUUUUAUUUUAAACAUUUUUUUUUUAUUAGCUUUGAUGUUGUCCAGACCAAAGCAAUUAUUAUGUGACUUCGGAGGUUCUCCCUCAGUUCACAUCCGUUUGUCUAAUGCAUGAGAUUUUUCAUGUACCUUACAUGUAGUCAUUCUUCAGUCUGAUGAUCACAGAAACACAAUCUUUAUGAGUUUUUUGGCUAAAUCACUAAUUACCUACUGAUUAAAAUCAGUUACCUUACAUUUUCUGGUCCAAAGCUGGAAAUUUGCACAUUUGAAUUCAUUUGCUGACUGGAAUGGUCAAAUCUCUCCACCUCUAGUCUGAGUACAUUUUUGGUUGUAAUUAAAUUUUAAAAAUCUAAUGAUCUCUGUAGACUCUUGAUGAUGAUGGUGUUGGUGAAAAUAAGAAAGAAUUACAGUGAAAUGCUUGCUGUCUGGUGACUCAGAGGUCACCAUAACUUGUGGUACAAAUCACUGUGGGAAACAAUUUUUGUGAUGAAAAGGCAGCCUUUGAAUACUUCUAUUAUUAUCAGAAAUAUAUUAUGAAAAUUAAAAUUAUUGUCUGAUUGGAACAUGAGACAACUCAUGUCUUUAUUAGUAAAAUCAUAAAAUAAUUACAUUAAUGUGCUGUUAGAAGACAGUAUGUUGAUUUUUAUCAGACUUUCCUUGUUUUGAUUUGUGGCUGUUAACGAUUUUUCAUAUGUGGAAAUAUACCUACCUCUUCUGUUGGAAAGAACAUUUAAAAUUAAAUAAACUUUAAUUAAAAAAUCAAGGAGUCCUUUAACAUAAAUUUUAAUAUUAACUUUUGAAUUCACUAGUAUUUUCUGCUUUUUCACAAAUAACAUAUACCAAACUUUGCUGUGAAACUACCCUCUUUCAAUGUGUUUAAUUUUCAAAUGAUUUUUUUUUUCAUCGUGACGAAGUUGCAAGAUCUUAUUAACUAGAUCUGAAGUGUAAACCCAUUUUGGUGCAAUAUUCUUGACUCCUUGGUGCUAAAGACUAUUAAAUUCAGUGCUUGAUUGUUACAAGAUGUUAAUUGUUAAGACACAAAAUGAAUAAAAGAGUAGUUGGAACCUGAAAGUUAAAUUUGCUAUUUACAAACUCGCUAUUUCAUGUAAUAUAAAUGAACAACUGGAAAUUCACUAGGAAAGAGAACUUGUACACUGGCUUAUUACAUAAGUUAAAUUGAUAGGGAAUGUUAAACAGGGAUCAAUAUGGAAGGAGAAAAUGUGACCCUCCCCCCCACCCCAAAAGCAUGAAUAUUUCUAAGUAUCUCAACAUGCCAAAACUGCAUAUUCAGGAUGUAUGCGUUUUGGGUACACCAACGAUUUCAGAAUAGUUUGUAAACUAUGAAAUAGUUAUUAUGCAUUAAAAUUACAUACUUCUUCCAAAGGCAUGCAGUCAUGAGAAUUACAGAAAAUUUGCAACACAUAGGAUAGUUUGGUAUAAGAGGAUUCGACACCUUUGUUUUUGCUGCUCAGUGUAUGAUGACCAGAGAUUUGUAAUCUUUGUGAACGUCUGCACUGGUUCCCCAGAGCUGUUCAUGCCCUGCUACCCGAUUUCAGCACAAUAAAUAUACUCCUUUUGUGGGAAAA